AAUACAUCAAACAAACAAGAAAAAAAAAACAAAAUGCGAGAACAUGAAUUUUAAACAAAUUCUACCCGUAUACGCAUAGCAUACAACUACAACGAUAUCUUUUUUAUGAUGAUAACAACCCAAGACAUUCGUAAUUCAUCAACUGUUAUAGUUUUUUUUUUCCUGCAGACGACACAUUACCGUAGAAUUAUAUUCCCACACAAGAUACAACAAUCUUCUUAAAGUUUAAAUCUAAACGUUAUCUUCCUCCUGACAUCAGACGAGCUGGGGUGGAACUCGUUCACAGUCAUACGUGGCCCGCCGUUGUUUGUCAUUUUCUUCUUCCCCAUCUCUCCCUCUCAGGCUCUUAUCCCAUUCUCCGAACUGUCAAAUUUCCCGGCCCCAGCUUUGAUUAACCCAUCAACCCAUUCUCACUUUCCUUCCUCGCCCCACUUCUCCCCACCGAAAGGUGAAAAAAAUAGAAACAAUGCUUACCCCAACCCCAUUCUCCCUCUUCUGUGCUCUCCUCCUCUGCCUCCCCCUCGCCGUCGUUUUCACCAUCACCACCCCCACCACCACCGUCUCCCCCGCCGCCGCCGACGACAAACCCCCCUCCACCCUCCGUACCAAGCUCCACUCCUCCACCCCCCGCAACCCGCUCCCCAAAGACGACCACACCCUCCUCCGCCUCGCCGCCCGGGUCAACCCGAACCCGGCUCACCCACACCAAAAAAUCGCCUUCCUCUUCCUCACCACCACCCCUCUCCCUUUCGCCCCGCUUUGGGAGCUCUUCUUCAACCCAAUCGACGGCGGGAGGAAGAUUAGAGGUAACAAGAAUCGGUUCAACAUCUACAUCCACGCCGACCCGACCCGCGCCUACGACCCGCCCUUCACGGGCGUGUUCGCGGGUCGGGUCAUCCACUCCAAACCCACCAACCGCCACACCCCGACCCUCGCCUCCGCUGCGCGCCGCCUCCUCGCCCACGCGCUGCUCCACGACCCGGCCAACGCGGUCUUCGCCCUCCUAUCCCCGUCCUGCAUCCCGCUCCACUCCUUCGACUUCACCUACCAAACCCUGACCCGCUCCGGGGAGAGCUUCAUCGAGAUCCUCGCCAACGAGACCGGGGCCAGGGACAGGUGGGCGGCGCGUGGGGAGGACGCGAUGCUGCCGGAGGUGAGGCUCGAGGAGGAUUUCCGGAUCGGGUCGCAAUUCUGGUCGCUGACGCGGAGCCACGCGCGGAUGGUGGUCGCGGACCGCACGAUCUGGCGGAAGUUCAAUCGGACGUGCGUGAGGGAGGACACGUGUUACCCGGAGGAGAACUACUUCCCUACGCUCAUCCACAUGCUGGACCCGCGGGGCGCCACGUCGGCGACGCUGACCCACGUGGACUGGAGGGGGUCCCACGGCGGGCACCCGAGGAUGUAUGGAGCGGAUGAGGUGGGGCCCGAGCUGAUUAACGAGUUGAGGAAUGGACGGCCGAGAUACGGCGAUGAAGAAGGGUUGAUGAAAACGAACGGUUCCGAUGGUUCGGUCUUGUCCGUGAGGAGGGAUCCGUUCUUGUUUGCGAGGAAGUUCCCGCCGGAGGCCGUCGGGCCGCUGAUGGAUAUAGCGGCGGAGGCGAUUUUGAAAGAUUGAGUAAGUGGCAGUGUGGUAAAUUUUCGAGCUUCCGGAGGCAAUUGUAUAAAAAAGGGCAGCUCGGAAUAAUCAAAAGGAGGGAUGUAGUGAAGCGGGAAAUGAGUAGUAGUGAGUGGCGCCGGGGAAACCCCCGAAAAAGGGAAAAAAAGAGGAAAGAAAAAUGUGGAUAUGAUAACGGUUGGUUAAAGUGUUAACAAACGAAAAGGACGGGUUACUUGAAAUUUUGGUUGCGUGAUAACGACCGUUUUGUUUGAAUUUAUUGUUAUUGUUGUUUCCUUCUAAUGCUAUUAUCUAGGUUUGAAUUUGCGGACCGAGGUUGAAUAACCAUUACCCAAAUUCAAUCUUCUCAUGAAACAAGGCAUAAAAUCUUAUCUCCACUCUGAUAAACGAAAAUUCCAAUGUAUCCCGGACGAGUAAUUCAAUUUGGCUCGUAUUAAAAUGAUUUGUUUUGCAAAAUGAAAUAAUUUGUCAAAUUGACCUUUUUUCAUUUGAUCUAUUUAAACAAUCCUUAAAGAUAAAGAAAUAAUUGCAUAAAAAAGAUUACAAAAUAAUGAAAAAAUUAUAAAGAAUAAAAAAAAUGAAUCGAAUUGAAUUUAGGUAGACUCAAACCAAAUCAUCCAAACGAGUAGUUGUCUGAACUCUCUGAGGAUACAAAGGACGAAGACUCAAUUGACGUUUCUGGAUAGUUUAUAGGUUCAUUUGUAUUGUGUUAUUAUUAUAAGUAUUAGAUAGCUUAAUUCUACUGUCUAUAAAUAUAUGGAUUGUAAAUGAACAAUGUAGUUUUCAAUGUAUGAAAUAAAAUUCUGCUUGUCCGUGUCCGGCUUCCAUAACAGCUCUAGAAAUCGCACAUAGCAUUUUAUGGUUUGAUACCGCCGCCGAAGCUUGGAAAGAUCUUUGAGAAAGGUUCAACAAGGGGAACGAAGUUCGGAUUUCAGAUCUGUACGACGAAAUCUCGUCUCUCCACCAAGGUUCUCUCUCGGUUAGUGCUUAUUUCAAAAAAUUCAGAGUUCUUUGGGAAGAACUACUGAUCUUGAGACCUCUCCCAUCAUGCUUCUGUAAUCCGCGUUGUGCUUGUCCAACGGCUUCUCUUCCGCGUGAAUACAUGAGGCGUGAUCAGGUGAUAAGGUUCCUUAAAGGCCUCGAUGAAUCCUCUGCUGGAGUUCGUUCUCAGUUUCUGUUAAUGGAACCUCUUCCAUCCAUUAAUAAGAUAUUCUCAGGCUUAGUUCAAAGGAGAGGCAGGCAAGUAGCUCUAUGGCUUCUGUUGUUGCUCUGACUACUUAGGGUGCUGGAAAUUCCAACACCAGUCGUGGUUCUACUCCUAGCCAUGGUGGCAAUUCUCAUGGACAAGCUAAUGCUGCUAAAGAUCAAGGAGGGAACAGGAACAUGCAGAAUUUUAUUUCACACACUGAAAACUUCCAUUAUUCACUAGCUUUGAACCCGGCCGUUGGCCGGUUGGGUCCUAUUUAAUUAUCAUUUUAUAAUAGAAAAUUAUCAACUUUGAGCCAAACAAAAAAGAAAAGAAUUAUCGCUAUCCAUCUAUGCUGAUUAAUUACCAUCAUACUUCAAUUCUUUUUUUUACAUUUUUCAAAAUAUACUUGUGAUAUUUCAUGUAGCCAAAUAUAAGUUUAUGCAAUAAAUAAUUUUAUGUUUU